AUACGACUCCCUGGUGAAACUUGACAAAUAAAUAAAGAUGCUGAGUGGCAGGUGCAAUCGCCAAAGCAUUUGGAGAACAGGUUUUGAAGCCCAUGCGAUCAAAAUAGAUUGGAAACUCGCCAGGUCGCAUCUGAUGAAGCUGCUGAGGUGCGCUGAAGAAAAAACCCAACAUGAAAAGAACCAAUCAAUGAAAUGAAUGGGAAGGAAAAAUGAAAGCUCAGCUAGCCCUACCAAUGAUCCCUAGCUAAUACCGUGAAAUAAUUAGGUGUCCUAAGGCAUAGCUGCCUGGGUGCCCAGGUAGGAAGAUAUUCGACCCUCAGGAUGCUUGAUACCGGUACCUUU